AUGAAGUACCUGCUAAUCAGCCCUCUCCUUCUCCUACCAAGCUUUGCGCAGGCCACGAGCAAGAUAUACACAGGCUUCAACUAUGGCGCCUUCUGGAGUGUAGAAGCGAAUGCCAAAAAGAAAGCCGACUUUCUCGAUGGCUUCAACCUCGCUAAGAACCUCACCACCGACAUACCGUUCGACAGUGCGCGUUUAUUCACGUGUAGAGCCGCUGGGACACUCAACGAACCAACCGAAGCAUUUGACGCAGCUGUAGAAUCCAAGACUAACCUGUUGCUGGGAUUUUGGAUCACGCCGGCACAAAAGGGCGCCUUGCCCGAUGAGAAUAUCAGGAAUGAAAUGGCUGCACUGGAGAAAGGAUUCAAACAGCACGGCCAAGCACUUUCUGAUCUGAUCAUUGGACUCGCUGUGGGUAGUGAGGAUGUCUAUCGCGCCGAGGAAGCUGGCGAGCUGGGCGUCACAGCAGAUGUUGUCGGGCAAGCUAUUAGCCAAGUAAAGAAAGGCAUUGCAACAUCUUCCUUUGCACAGUACAUGAAGAAUAAGCCCAUCGGCCAUGUAGAUACUGCCAAGCACGCUGUGGUAAAUAAAGCCGAUUUCAUUGGCGUGACCGCUUACCCAUACUGGCACAAAGACAGCAUCGACACAGCCAGCACGAGCUUUUUAGGCUCUCUACAAGACGUCGAGAAGCGCGCCGGCGACAGACCGAUCUGGAUUGCAGAAAUGGGCUGGCCGUCAGCUGACACAGAACAGCACGGUGAAGCUAUUGCCGGAGUAGACGAGCUCCAGAGAUUCUGGACUGAAACCGGAUGCGCCGUCUUCGGCAAAUACACAACGUUCUGGUAUGAACUGCUCAAGGAUUCUACGCCGGAUCAAAAAGCCGACUGGAGCCUCAUCGAUACCAUUUCACGCAAACCCCGUAUCAACAAUUUGGGCUGUGGAGCACCCAAACGGCAUCUUCCAGCAGCUCCCCCAGCAAGCUCGCCCCUUGUACCCCAGCCUAUCCUGUCGGCCUCUAACAUUAUCUUCGAACACGCAGCCAGAUACCAGAACAGCACAGAGUAG